GUCUUUAUUCUUUUUUUCUCCCCUUCACAUUCCUUUUAUCACAUAGCAAUGCUGGACUGAAAAACUCGCUGUUCGACUCCACCGCUGCCAUGGGUAGCAAGGAGCUCCUGGAGAAAGAUGGCACUGAAAACCGUAGUAAAGAUCUCAGCAAUGGCACGGACAGCAAUUUGGAAGCAGCCAGGAGGCUGGCUAAGCGCCUCUACCAACUGGACCGAUUCAAGCGCUCUGAUGUGGCAAAGCACCUGGGUAAAAACAAUGAGUUCAGCAAACUUGUGGCUGAAGAAUACCUGAAGUUUUUUGAUUUCACGGGUAUGACGCUGGAUCACUCCCUCAGGAGUUUCUUUAAAGCCUUUUCACUUAUUGGAGAAACUCAGGAAAGAGAGAGAGUAUUAAUCCACUUCUCCAACAGAUACUAUCAGUGUAACCCGAACACCGUUUCUACUCAAGAUGGAGUCCAUUGUCUCACCUGUGCAGUGAUGCUGCUGAACACUGACCUACAUGGCCAUAACAUUGGGAAAAAGAUGACCUGCCAAGAAUUCAUUUCCAACCUUCAGGGAAUGAACGAAGGCAAAGAUUUCCCUAGGGGGCUGCUGAAGGCUCUCUACAAUUCGAUCAAGAAUGAGAAGCUUGACUGGGCAGUAGAUGAAGAGGAGAAAAAAAAAUCUCACCCUGAUGGUACUGAUGAGAAGGAUAAUGGACCCCAUUCAAAGACCAUUACUCGGAUCGGCCAUUCCAAUAACCCCUUCCUGGACAUUCCUCAUGACCCCAAUGCUGCUGUGUAUAAAACUGGAUUUCUGGCUCGGAAAAUCCAUGCAGAUAUGGAUGGAAAGAGGACUCCCAGAGGGAAGCGUGGCUGGAAAACCUUCUACGCUGUGCUGAAGGGAACAGUGCUUUACUUGCAAAAGGAUGAAUAUAAACCAGAAAAGGCUUUGUCCGAGGAGGAUCUGAAAAAUGCAGUUAGCGUGCACCAUGCAUUGGCAUCAAAGGCAACAGACUAUGAGAAGAGGCCCAACGUCCUAAAGCUCAAAACAGCUGACUGGAGGGUCCUGCUUUUCCAAGCCCAGAGCCCAGAAGAAAUGCAGGCAUGGAUCAACAAAAUCAAUUGUGUGGCAGCUAUAUUUUCUGCUCCACCGUUUCCAGCUGCUAUUGGCUCUCAGAAGAAGUUCAGUCGUCCGCUUCUGCCGGCCACCACAACAAAGUUAUCUCAGGAUGAACAGCUGAAAUCACAUGAAGCUAAGCUGAAGCAAAUCUCUACCGAGCUAGCCGAGCAUCGUUCCUACCCACCAGACAAGAAACUUAAAGGCAAAGAAGUAGAUGACUACAAACUGAAAGACCACUAUCUGGAGUUUGAGAAAAUCCGCUAUGAGAUUUAUGUUGCCCUACUGAAAGAAGGGGGGACGGAGCUGCUGAGUGGAGGAAAUGAUGGGCCAGGACUGAAGAAAUCCCAUUCGAGUCCCUCAUUAAAUCAGGAGUCUCCAGUUACUGUCAAGGUGAAGCGAAACAUCUCCGAGAGGAAGGACUACAGACCAGAAACACCCAGCAUCAAGCAGAAGGUCACUUAGACUGCAUGAGACCGCUGUGGAAACAGCCAUGCAGCAAAAUACCAUUGGUCAAAAAUUUCCUUUGCUAACCUGUCUUUGACAAAACCAAACCAAUGCAUCUGCCUGAAUGGGGUGGUAGUGACAUUUUCUAUUGUAUAUUUUGUUGUUUCUGUACAGAUUGUGGGAGAUGUCUUGACUCCUGAUUUGCUUUGCCUUGUUAAUUUAUCAUCUCGCCAUCGAAGCACCUCUUUUUUUUUUUAAAGGGGUGGGAGUGGGACUCCCUGAUUUAUUGCACGUCUCCUCCCCUUCUCUCCUCUCUCAUUGGCACGUGACUUUCAUCUCAAGUCACCUGUGACCUUUCUCGUUGCAGUGGGAAAAGUAACUGGACAAGCACUGCAGCAUAGUGCGUGCUAGCUGCAGUGACGAGAAAUGAAUUGUUGCUCAGUUGCAGAGAUGGAGCUGACCGCUCCCUGCAGGUUAGUUACAUUCUGAUGCUGCGACUGGAGAUCUCCCAAUGACGUGAAACAUGCUGGUACUUGUGCUGCAGUGAUAGGAGCCGUAUAAACAGAUAGGGUACGGGAUUGUAUUAACUCUGGACCCACACAGACCAAGGGACUAAACAAUGAAAAUCACUGGGAAUGCUGGGCAUACAGAAUUAGAACAGGUUUUUCAAAGUGAAGACUCUUUGGGGGAGCAAAAGGGGGUGCCCAAAGCCAUGUCUUUCUUGAUGAUUGAUCCAGCCAGAAUGAAUUUUAUUUUUCCAUUUCACUAUGCAAUAGGUCGUUGUAGAUGACAACCGCUGGCUGCGUGUUUUAGUAGAAAAGGGAGUCCCAUGUGUUUCUCAACAAUACACUCUCACACCGCUGCCAUAUAGAGUCUUAAUAGGCAUUGUUCAUCUGCCGUUUCCCUCCAGAAUUUUGAUUUCCUUUUUAGUAGGCGCAGGUAUUCUGCAGUCUCUCUGAUCUCAAUGGAGGUGUUCUCCUGUUCUCUUCUGAAAGGAAUUCUGUUCAACUAUCCCUUGAAUUUUUCACAGGUAUUUAGAAAGAACAUGUUGGAACAGAAGUCCUGGUGACUCAGAGACUUAAUGGAAUAGAGACUCUUUGGUCUUAAAGCCAGAAUCUGACCCCAUUUCAGUUGCUCUGUCCGUGGCAGUCACACCGAUGUGCCAUAGGGACAGCAAAACCUGUCCCCUGUGGAGUCUUCCUUUAAUAGCAACUCCUGACCUCUAUAUAAGAACAUGGCCUGGGGGGAAAGGGACUUGGCCAGGGUGUCUGUAUACCUCAGCCUUCCCCAGCUGCUGGAAUGGCCCUUUUGGGCUGCAGGCAGCCAGGUGUAACUUAAAGCAGCCCUGAGCUUGCCUUAACUUACGCCAAGGGCCAGGAUCCGGAGAGCAUGAAGGUGACUAAGAGACACCUUUGCUUCUUCCCAGUGCCCGCCCAUCUUGUGCUUUUGCAUUUCAGCUCGUCUGGGGGAUCUAAUCCUUAAUGUGCAAAGACAGCCCAGGUCAAUAUAAACUGCAGUAGGUGGCCUCGAAGAAAUGUCUAGAUAGCUCAGGAGCAGAGCUCCUCGCGACAGAGGGUAUACCUGUGGGCAGACUCAGCCGAGAGGCCAACGACGGAUUGGUCAUGGACGUUAAACCAUUCUGGACUACUAAACUACCAGCCUAGUAGGCAGUAGAGGGAGCAAUCCAGUAAGAUAAGGACCUUGCAGAGAAGCUAAAUGAUUUCUCUAUACCAGCCUCCACCACAAAGGACAACCAUGAGAGACACACCCCAGAGCUCUAGACUGUAAUACCCAUGCUGUGCGAUCGUAGCAUUGAAAGAGGAGGCGGUGCACCAAAUUGAUCAUUUAGGAUGCAGUCACUCACCAGGACCAGAUGGUAUUGAAUCCAAGAGUUCCAGUGUGACUUAUGAAUGGAGUGGCUGGGCUGCUCACAAACAUUUGUAAUUGGUCAUCGUACUAGAAGUCUAGAGGCUAGCCAGUGCCUGACCUCAUUCUGAAAAUGACCCGGCGUGACUGCGAUUCACGGAGCUGGGAGGAGGGCUGGUCAACGUUUUCCAACGUUUGGAUUUGGUUUUCAAAAAUUACGUUAUGCUUAAAGUUUACCCUGAAGAGAAACUUUCCUGAAUUAGGGCCAAAGUUAUAUGCUUGAGCAGCAUGCUGGGAAGUGUCAUUCACUGUAGACCUGGGCCGGGGUAAUACACAUUGGAAGAAAUCAUUUGAACUACUCAGUGAGGGGCAGUAGAUUAGCCACUCAGGAGAAAGGCCUCGGCAUCCUGCAGCUGUUCAUUGUACAGCAGUAGUACAAAAAAUAAAGGCAGUAAACGAGGGUGAGUGGUACUGAGGCAGAGAGCGAGCGAGCGCUAAUACCGGGACUGCUAAAUGCCAUUGCAUAGGGAGUCCUGCAACCAUUUCACAUCAGUUCCUCACAGUACCCGUACAGCAGAAACAGAAAUGGUCCAGAGAAGUCACAAUUGGAUCCCUGCUCCACUCCCAGGGCAGUGCACCUCUACUCUGGCCUUACUCCAGGUAUCCAUGUACUUGUGUUUACAAAGAGAGUGCAGUGGUUUAAAAGGCAAAGAGGUGACAAUUGCAAAUGUUUGCGUUGGCUUUUAAGAUGUUCUGGCUGCCCCUGGAUUGUGUUUGAAUUGUUGAUCUCCCAGUCACAAGCUGAAGUUCUCCCACACAAUAUCUUUCUCAAUCUACGCAGAUACUGGAUAAUUCAUGCUCACCGCUAGGGAACUCCUUGCAGAUGAGUGAAUUUCAUGCCGUUUGAAAAGUCCGACACAGUGAAUCACGAAAUUCGUUUUAUUUAUUUUGUCAAAUGCAGCUUAGUUUUAAUUAUUUAUUACGCUACUACCGAGCGUACUUGUACAUGGAUUGUGGUAUAUUUUGUAAAACUUAUCCGGUCGUAGUAAAAUGCAAUUUCACUGCAGCUUUCAGCUGUUAAAUAGUCACUGAGCUCCACCUGCUUUUGGGGAGAGUUCUGCGGUGUGCAGAUUAGUGAUCUGAGAAUUUGUGAGGUUUUAGCAUCAGUUGAAAUUCCCACUGCUGGCCGUGUCACUUUACAGCUGACCUGUGUCGCCGUCUCCUUUGAUGGGUUUUACUAAACAAGUACAGAGAAAACACAGAGGCAGAUCCUGCUGCCAUUGAAGUAAGUGGCAAAACUCCACAGAUCUCACUGAGCAGGAUCAGAGUGUUGGCCAGUAUUGCAGUUUGGUUUGCUUUUAACAUUACAGUGUAGCUGAGAGGGUGGGCCAGAUUCUCAGAAGGUGUAAAUCAGCAUUGAAGAGACUGGAGCUAUGCCAUUUGACCCCCGACCCUUCUCCCCUCCCCCCGAGAAUCUAGCCCGUUAUGUGUUGCACAUGAUUUUCAAAGUACCUUGCUUUCAAGCUCCUGGAUAUUUGCUUUUAGCAGAGAAGAUAAAUAUGUGGUUAUACUAUUUAGGUGCCCAAGCCCUUGGUUGCUGUCAAGAAGCAUUGCAGCUCAAGAGGGACACGGGUGUAAAGGCGACUUUUUAAAGCCACUUUUGUGUUACUUUUGCCUUGGGCCCACUGUAUGCCAGGCUGCUCUUCCGGUGCAAGUUAGAGCAGCCUAAAGGCUGCUGUAAAUUGCACUAGCUGCCCAGUACUUCCAAGGGAAAAUACGGCAACCAGGAAUCAUCAGGGAGUAGGGAACCUUCAGACACACAACCUUUUCCCAGCCAUUCCCCCGGUGCUGGCCACAGGGAGGGGAUAUGACAUAGGAGCCACUGUGGUGCCUCCGGCUAUAUCACCCGAGGAUUCCUCCACAGUGAGGUGAUUGUGACGUCCGUGAUCGGUUACCGUGGCUUUAGGGCACUGGCCCAGUACAGGUCUAGACUGGAUCUGAACGGGAGGUCCCCUUCUGAUAACAAGUAGCUCAGAGUGGCUGAGAACGUCAGCAUCCAUGCAGGGUGCUUUGGAUUGUGGCUCUGUAGUCAGAACUCUCAUGAUUAACCCUUUGCACUCACCUCCAAGGAGCUACCCUGAUCUGUACAGAGAGGUGCCAUGCUGUGCUCUUUGGGCUUGCUCUCGCUCACUCGAAGGGCAACGUGUAGGGGACUCCCACAUCCUGGGCAUUUCAGCAUGUGCCGUUCCUGUUGCCCUAUGAGGCCUCCACCUCCCUUGCUUUCAUGCAGACUUUUCCCAGGCUUUUCCCCUGCAGAUUCUAAUCCUGGUGCUGUAUCUCAGGCCAGUCUCCCCCUGAGGCAUUGGGAUCGCUGCAUGAGGGUGUCGGGAUUGGGCCCGUGGCAGCUCUGCAGCGUGACAGCUCAUUGGGUGCACUCCAGGGGCUGGGGGGGGGGGGAGGGAGUGGCACCUGCUGGGUCCCGUCUGCCAGCGGACAGCUGCAAAACUCCCAUGGUCAUGAGGCCCCAGCAGGAUCCUGGGUCUCUUCCCUCCUGCGGAGGCUCCCACCCCUUCUCUUCCGCCAUCCAUCCAACCUGAGAGCAGCUCUUCCCCGUCCACCCCCACACAGGCGGCUGGCCUGGCUCCAGGGAAGGGGAGGUGCUCCACAGGCCCUUGGAGCAGAACUUCCCACCCUCCAGCAUUGGUGGGGGGGGAGAGAGGCGGGAACAAGGCCAGAGAAGCAAAACCAGCACCUCCAAAACGGGCAAAAUAUUAUCCCAGAACCCGAAUCCCACAGUCCUUUGCAAAUGGAAAGGAUUCUGGGGUUUGGUGCAUGGGAGGAUUCUGUAGGUCAUGGCUGAGAAUUGUUACCUCAGUUGUUGUCAGUAGGUGGGUAACUCAGUCAACUGAGGAAUAAUGUCGCUGAGCUGUUGGGACUAUUGUUUCAUUGAAACUUAGAUGCAAACUAUUUUUCAUUAUUCUUGAUAGUUUGGAAUUUGUUAAAAGAAUUUUCCACAGUGUUUCCUCCUCCUUUGAGCCGUGUCCCUGGGAACGCUCCAUUUGAGGGGUGCACGUGUCCCAUGCACGUGUCCCAUACGAUCACUGCUGCCAAAAAUCUCCACCCGAAUUCAGGUGGAGAUUUUUGGCAGCAGUGAUCGUAUGGUCCACACAUGCACCCUUGCUAUCCUCAUGCCCUGUGCCAAGGGUAAUAUGGGCUUGUGACAGACGAACCGCUCUUGGUUCCUUCUCGACCACCUGGCCAGAGUGGAGUGUUCGUAGUGCUAGCCGUUCUGGGCUUUUCACUUCAUGCCCUUGUUUGCUGGGUGUGGUGUGUUCAGGUUCAAGAUCACGGAAACACUCUAGAGAGUAAAGGACACGAAGGCCACUGCUAAACCUCUGGGAUGUUGCACGGGCAUGUUACAGUCAGAAGGGGGAGACAUUUUUCUCUCUAGAACAGCAGAGACUGUGUUCAUAUUCUGCAGCCCCAUAAUCUGCUUUGGACUUUUGACCGUAGUUAACGUCUCUUGGUUUCUCCUUGUUUCCUACCAUGGUGCACUUGUCUGCCACCUCAGUGCAUCUCCUGCCAGUGGAUGGUUCUGCUGGUCUCUCUCCUUCCAUGGUGAGGCCCCAGGCUGGUGUUGGCAAAGUUGAUGAACUCCCCUGUUGAGCCCUGGGUGGUGUGCUCAUUCUGUCUGCAGUGAAAGGCUGCAUUUUUAAUCCAAUUACAUCUGUGAGGAGGGUGGCUGCGUCCUUUCCCUGUACUCCACACAGACAAAGCUAUCCUGCGGCCUCAUUCCAGAGUUCGAGCGAAGAAGGUGUUUCCCCUGAAAGACACUUAAUCUCCCAGGUUCUCUUCCCAAAGCCUCACCCAGGGGCACAUACAGCCCAUGCUGUCAAGAGGGCUUGGAGAUUUUAUUUUGUUAGGUAGUUAGGAAGCAGAGAGGCAUUUUGUGACUUUUGGGGAUCAGUGUGAAUGGGAUGCCAUUUCCACUCAGUGCCUGUCUAAGCAGAUACGCCUGUGCCUUGAGACAUAUUAGCCAGGUUAUCCGAACAUGAGCUCUUGGGGCAGUUUUGCUGAGCAUUGAUGACUUGCUUGGCAGUAUUUCCUUCAGAGAAAUCUACCGGGCUGCUGCCUGCAUAAACAUUCACCCAGUGCUACUCUCUCCGCUUGGCAUCUACACAGCAUGCUUGCUGUGGUAGGGCAGUUCUGAAGCCCGGGGGUAACUCUCUGAACAAGCCUUGGGCUCAACUAGGAUUCUUCAGCCCACACUCCUGGACUUGUUCAGCUCUCUUGACGACCCCAAAUGGGAAUAUGAAGAGGCCUAGAGACGAAAAGGAGCUAUUUCCAUGGUAGUUCAUGCUGAACAUUGCUUCUGCCUAUUCACACUCCCUGCCUACCUUCCCUUUUGCCUUGGGGUUCUUGGGGUGUUUGAAAAGACGCUCAAGAAGCCAAAGCUCCUGUUACUGUGCUAACUAGCCAUUUAUGGCCCAGUGGAAAGGGUACUGGAUUGAGACUCAGGAGACCUGGAGUCCAUCCCUGGCUCUGCUACUGGCCUGCUGAGUGACCUUGGGCAAGUCACUUCACUGCUCGGUGCCUCCAUUUCCCCAUCUGUAAAACAGGGAUAAUGAUACUGGCCCUCUUUGUAAAGCGCUUUGAGAUGUCCAGGUGGAAAGAGCUGUUUAAGAGCUAGGUUUUAUAAUUCCCUGACUCUUUUUUUCUUUUUCCAGCACAAUACAAUGCUUCUUAUUCAAUGCUAUGAGUUAAUAAGAGCAAGGAAAAAUGUGGUAUGGGGAAACCUUGCUUAAUGCAGGCAAAUGAUUCUGACACCUAUUGCAAAAGACUGAAUGUUGCUCAUUAGCAUGGGAACAAAGAAUGGAAUAAGUAAAGCUCAUGCACCAUAAAAUGUAACUUGUUCAUUUAUUUUGUUGACGGCACUGAGGUUUAGCUUUGAUUAUUUAUUAUAACACUCCAUCGAUUAGCAGUAGAUGUGGGUUGGAGCUUUCUGAAGUGCUCAAUGUUGUCCUUUCUCUGCUCCCACUGUCUAUGGGAGCAGGAAUAGACCAACACUGAGUGAUCGGGAAAAUCCCACCUGUAAAGUUAGUAUAUUUGGUAAAAAUAGUAAAUUAUUACUAAUCACACACCCCCCAUGGCAUCUACUCUUCCAUGUCUACUGAGAGGUGGGUAGAUAGAGAACAACAUUUUAUUUGUAUGGUGUAUAAAGCGUGGGACUUAGCAACAUGAGGAUUAAUUAUGUUCUAAGGGUGUAAUAAAAAGACGAAAAAAAGGGCAGCAUUUUCAUCUUGCCUAAUCCAUUGUUAAUUAGUAGUAGCUCGCUGGAGAUAAGCCAGUUUUACUGGUAAUAUAAGGGAGAUCCGAACCAGGCCUUUUAUUGGGCAAAUUUCAAAAAAGCAGGCAAGAUGAUCAGUUCCGCAAUGGGCCAAAUGAAAGCCUGGUGUAACUCCACAGCAUUCAGCCAAGUUACAGCAGAGAUUCAUUCAUCUGCUCUGCUGACACCACCUGCUGAAAAAAGGAUGAUUCUUGAAAUCCAGCCUGCGUCACUUUAAAAAUGAGGAAAGACUUUCAAAAGGGCCUAAACACAAAGCUCCUUUGACUUUCAGUCCUAAAUCACUUACACACGUUUGAAAAUCCCACUCAGAGUCCAGUAAACUUCCAAAAAACGAUAGGCUGGAAACUCGAGCAGUUUGUAUUUGUGUGGGUUUCGUUGCAAUUAGAACAUCUCACUUAGGGUGGGCUGGUGGCGCUGUGUAACUUGACUAAAUCCAGUGUCUUGGAAACAGAACAAGAAUUUCUUGGCAGCUUUUAAGUUUGGGAAAUACUGCUCAUCUCACGAAGUUAAAGUAACUGUACAGUACCUGUUGAGUGUGUUUAAGCAGUGAGCGUGUGUGAAUGUGUGUGUGGUUCUUAUGCGACGUAUGGCUUCUGUGAUUAAACACUGCAAAGGUUAUUCUUU